AUGAUGUCUGGCAUCAAAAGUUGUUUUGAGGUGAAGGAAGGCGUCAUGACGCUCUUUUCUUCCUCGUUGCGGGCAUUCCAGUUGCCCUUUUGUGUGUGUGUCUCUGCUGUCGACACCCGUCAUUGGUUUUUUCCCCGUUGCUCCCAGAGCAACUCGUCUAUCAUCGGAUGA